AGCAGGCUAUAUAUACCAGUAGCAGGGCCAAAGCUAACAGUCGUAGUAGGAGUAAUCUAAGUGGUAGCCGUCAUGAGAGAGACAGGGAGGAGACGGACAGACAGACACAGAUACAGAGUGAGAGUGGGAGAGAGAUAAGCAGAAUAGGAAGAGGAAGAAGCUUGAGAGAGGGAGCGGCGAGGAGCUUCACGGGAAGGGGAAGAAAAUUGGGUAGUUGAUGACUGGGGCAGGGCCAACCAAUUUAGCAGCAGGUCCAUCACCACUCUAAUCGUAAUCAAACACUCACCGAAGAAGCCCAACGAAGGAACACAAAUCAAAAGAAAAAAACAGGCAGAAGAAACAAACUCGUGUGGAGGAGUGGGGGAGAAGGAAGGGGUACAAGAAAGGAACAGGGGCAGCUCUUUUGCUUCGGAGCUCUUGUAAUGGAGACAGGAGGAAGGGCUUUGAAUAUAACGAAGGCGAGGAGGGGUUAGCUGGCUUGGCAGGGCCGUGAUGGAGGAAGAAACACCUUCAUGGCCUGGACGAAGAGCCUUGGAGAAGCCCUAGACGACGAGUUUGUCGUCGAUAUCGUGGCGUCUUCAGUGUUGAGAGGAUGUGGGACGUGAAGUGCGAGGUGCCAUGCUCGCAAGUGUGAGUGAGGGAGGUGAUGGCUUGGACAUGGUGUGGUGUGACGAAGUGUUAACGGAGUUGGUGUGAGAGAGAGAGAGUGAGAGUGAGUGAGGGAGCGAGGGAAGGGGAGGGUUUACCGAGGGCUGAGGUUCUAUGAAGGCAUCGCGUGGCCAUGGGCCGGCAAGGCGCGUCUCCUCUGCCAAACACCGUCGGUUUCUGCACAAUGCUAAACAGUCCAAACGCAAGAGCCGUAGUUCCUUGGCAAAUAUGCGGAUAGCCAAUGCUUUGCGUCAGAGUACUGGGAUUAUCGGCCACAGUAAGAAUAGCAAUCGCAGAAACGAUCACAACGAUAACAGUAACAACCACAAUCUGCCGCUGCAAUCUGCUUCCUCCCCGCAGGCCUUGGAGACGGAAGCCAAUCCCUCGAUGCCAUCUGAUAACGUUCCCAAUCAGUACGCUGCUGAUGCUGGUAACCUUCGGCGCUCUACAAGAAAAAGGCGUGUGUUGGUCCAUGUCGACUACGAUUCUGACAAUAGUGAACAUGAAGUAUAUCGAAGUCAAACAAGUCGGUUGCCAAAACAUAGAUAUUCUUCGUCCCACACUACCAUCCACACUACCAAAGCAGAGCAUAUUGUAGAGGAAGAGGGUAGUCCUGAGCCCGCAGAGCCGAAAAAUAUGGAUGCUGCUGCUGCUCCUAGAAGAGAGGGAUUGCGACCGCGGCAAGGAAUAAGGCCCUCAAGACUAGAGCUUUCAUCUCAAGAUUUUGAAGAUGAUGAUCGGAACUCAUCUGACAGGGAGAUGGGGGCGAAAGAUGAGGGAGAGGAAGAAGAGGAAGAGGAGCCAGAAGAGGAGCAGGAAGAGGAGGAAGAAGAGGAAGAAGAGGAGGAAGAGGAGGAGGGGGAAGAAGAUGAAGAGGCCGAAGAGCGAGAAGGUCGCCGUCGCUAUGCUUUGCGAAACCGCACUGGUGUGCAGCGCUUUUCUCCUCGAAAGGAAGAAAGGACAACAAGGGCACCAUCUCCCCGAAAAAUGUUUCAUGGAGGGGGCAGCUCAAAGCGUGGUCGGGAAGGUCGUCGGUCAGGAAGCAGGGUGCAUAAAAGACGUCGUUCGAUGAGGGCUGAUGAUUCAGAUGACUCAUUGCUUGUGGAUGAACAGGAGCAAGGUGCAGCUCCCUGGUCGCGAUUAGUUCGAGGCUCUUCUCAUCCGUGGCUACCUGCAGGUCUUGAGGCACCUGGUCUGAGUAAUUUGAGCAUGGCUGCUAGUGGUUGGAGUCAACCUGGUAGCCAUUGGGCUUCGACUGCUCCAGGUGCUCAAACAGCCGGGCCAAGCUCGAAGGGAGGAGCAGAUAUUCAGCCAGUGCAGGUGGACGAAACAGUUGGAUUUGAACAGAUAGGAGGAUUAGCACACUACAUUGACCAACUUAAGGAGAUGGUUUUCUUUCCGUUAUUGUAUCCAGAUUUCUUUGUCAAGUAUCACAUAACUCCACCUCGAGGAGUUCUUCUUUCGGGUCCACCAGGUACAGGCAAGACACUUAUCGCCCGGGCCAUGGCAAGUGCGGCAUCCAGAGCAGGACAGAAAGUUAAUUUCUACAUGCGGAAAGGAGCUGAUGUGCUUUCCAAAUGGGUAGGAGAGGCUGAAAGACAGCUACGGAUGCUUUUUGAGGAAGCGCAAAAAUGCCAGCCAUCAAUCAUCUUCUUUGAUGAAAUAGAUGGUUUGGCUCCUGUACGUUCUAGUAAACAAGAGCAGAUUCACAACUCGAUUGUGUCAACUCUGCUGGCUCUCAUGGAUGGCCUUGAUUCCCGCGGGCAGGUGGUGGUCAUUGGUGCAACUAACAGGAUAGAUGCUAUAGAUGGAGCACUACGGCGACCAGGGCGGUUCGACAGAGAAUUAAUUUUGAACCACCCUACAUUUGAGGCUCGAGUGGAGAUUCUAGACAUUCAUACCAGAAAAUGGCAAAAGCCUCCAUCAGAAGAGUUGCGUAGAGAACUUGCAGCUGCAUGUGUUGGAUACUGUGGAGCAGAUUUGAAGGCUUUGUGUACAGAGGCAGCUAUUCGCGCCUUCCGGAGAAAAUAUCCUCAAGUUUAUAAGAGCGACGAGCAGUUUGUGAUUGAUGUGGAGUCUGUAGAGGUGGAAAGACGCCAUUUCUUGGAAGCCAUAUCUGCCAUUACACCUGCUUCUCAUCGUGGGGCAGUAACGUAUGCAAGGCCUUUUUCACCUGUGAUCUCUCCGUGCCUAGAAGGACAUCUUCAAAUAAUUAUGAGAAGAUUAUCGGACAUCUUUCCACUGAUGAUCCGGGACAUCUCCAGCAGUAACCUGUCAGAUAGCGAGGAAGAUGAAAGCCCAGAACAACUGGCUCGUUUGUUUGGAUUGGGAUGCAGUGCUCCUCGGAUUUAUAGACCCAAGUUUCUUCUCUGUGGAAGUGAAGGAGCUGGCUUGGAUCAUGUUGGACCAGCGGUGUUGCAUGAGUUGGAGCGGUUCCCAGUUCAUUCAUUGGGGUUGCCCUCACUUCUGUCUGAUCCAAGUGCAAAGAGCCCUGAAGAAGCACUGGUUCAUAUAUUUGGAGAAGCUCGAAGAAACACGCCCUCAAUACUUUACUUGCCUCAGCUUCAUCUUUGGUGGGAAACGGCUCAUGAUCAACUGCGAGCAGUGCUGAAGAUGCUUUUAGAUGACUUGCCUUCUGAUCUUCCAGUCCUAUUUCUCGGAACGGCCUCAGCAUGUGGAAAGGAUCUGGAUGAGUGCAUACGUGCCUUGUUUAGUCACAACUGUUAUGAAAUGAAGUUACCCAGCACAGAAGCAAGGUCUAAAUUCUUUGCACAGCUCGUUGAUGCUGCAGUUUCUGUUCCAAGGAGAAGAGCAAACAGCCGAAAUAGGCAGGAGGAGAUUCUUCAUGAUCUUCCGAAAGCACCUAAGAUUGUUAAAGGGCCAAGUGAGACAGAAUUACGAGAGCGGGCCGAGAUGGAGGAAAACCAUCUUAGGCGGUUGCGGAUGUGUUUUCGUGAUAUUUGUAACAGACUUUUAUGUGAAAGACGGUUUAGUAUAUUCCACUACCCAGUCAUGGACGACGAGGCUCCUGACUAUCGGAAUAUCGUACACAAUCCAAUGGAUGUGGCCACUCUGCUGCAACGUGUUGAUAGUGGACAUUACUUAACUAAGAAAGCUUUUUUGGCUGAUGUCGAUCUAAUUCCAGCUAAUGCUCAAGAGUAUAAUGGGGAUGAUUAUCAAGGAGGUCGAAUUGUCAGUAAAGCAUGUGCGUUACGUGAUGCGGUGCUGGGGAUGGUGUCCACAAUUGAUCCUGCAUUAGUGAAAAUUUGUGAUGAAAUUGCUGCUCGUGGAGGGCCUACAAAGCUUCCUGGAGUGCCCUCUGGCGUGCUAGUUCCGGCAGCUGCUCCUGCAACUGUGCGAGUUAGCGCUAGACUGCGAGGAUUCCAGCCGGAGGUUGAUGCUUUGAAGAAUUCUGACGGAGGUGCCCGCCGGACACGGAGAAGCAGCGAGGGGCUCUUCCCUGACUUCUCAAUAGGUGAAGGGACAAAUGGGAAUUGCUCAGAGGGGACUCUUAACCUGGAGCCAUCAGUGGAGGUGCGCACUGAAGCCGAAGAGAUGCUUGUGGAUAGACAGUCCUCACCAGCCCCAGAAACCUGUCAUGGUGUAAGGUCUGAGACCACUGAUGAACAGCAAGGAAAUGGCAACCUCAAUUUGCAUGAACGAUCUUUGGAGACAAACAAUCAUAGACAAAAACCUUGCGAGGAGCAGCGAAAAAUGUCUUAUGAACCCUCAAAUGAGGGCGAAGAUGGCUGUGAAGAUUCACAUGAGAAGGAUGAAGAGGUACUCAAGUCCCUCAAGCCGAGAAUCGAUGCUGUGAAAGAAAAAUUGAUAUCGCAGACCAAGGGAUUUGGAGUCUUUCGACUGGAGAUGCUCCAUGCAAACAUUUGCAGACUGCUCCAGCAUAAUCACGGGGAUUCCUGUUCUUCAAGAUUGGCUUCUCUGGAGGCAUUCAUCUCAGAUGAAUCGAUCUUGACUUAUUGACACGUCAAUAAUUAACAGGUUGGGCUUGCGAUAUUUGUCCAUCCAGGAAACUUUCGAAUUAGUCCCCCUCAUUCAAUUACAAAGGAAGCUGAUUGGCAACUCGGCAUUUUUUGUCGUUGUGGCAACAGGUAUAUCCUACUAACCUGAAAGAUCGCUGGUAAUAAUCAUCCUGCGAACACUUGAAUCGUCAUACAGUGAGUAAUCUAAUUGCGCGGAUAUUGGGAUAUAGCCGCAAAUCUCUUACUUGCAAGGUUGAUUUUUUAAUAGAGUAUGUUCUUUUUUUCUUUUUUUCUUAGGGGAAUAUACAGGAACAAUUUAGUAGUACUGUCCCUUAAAAGGCGUUUUUGGCAAAGCUUGUGACACUAUCGAGUUUGGAAUAGAGGUAAAUAGUCGGGAGGUGGUUCAGUACAGAAAUCAAGCAGUCAGUGGGCAUCUAUUCGUCCAGGCAUGAUGAACAAGAGUAAGAGUUAUAUUUUAGAAUCAAAUUUAUCCCUGUGAUAUAAGGCCAUGUGGACUCCAAUAUGUUAAAGUUCCUUCUGAUAAUCAAUUUAUAUUUUGAUACAAUUCUGAA